AUGGCCAACCGAGGAUAUUCCACCCUGACCAAGCUUGGCUUGGGCGCCCUGACCUUCAAUUCGGUGCUCGCCAUCUACAACUCCUGGGGCGACGCCGCCUCAGUCACGUCCGUGCUCGCCGUGGAUGCCGCGCUCGUACUGGUCUUCCUCUGCCUCCGUGAGUUCGAGCGUGGCGGCAAUGGCAGGGAUGCCAAGACCAAGGCCGCCGUGUGGGCGCUCACAGCGCUGCUCACGGCCAUGUUCGCGUCCGGGGUAGCGCCGACGAUCAUGCCGCUAGCCGUCGGCGCCCUGGUCUUGCUCUGCCUCCGCGACGCCGAUCACGACCGCGCAAGAGAAGAAGGCGGCGGCGGCGGCGGCGGCGGCAGAGUCAACAUGGACGGGCAGUAUUGCGUGCUUACUAAGGUGGGUUUCGCCGUGCUGACGUGCAGCACGGCGCUGGACGCCUACGACACCCGGCGCGAAUCGGACUCGGCGGCGCUCGUUUUCGUGUCGUACACCCUCCUCGGAAUCCUGAUGGCCAGUACGUAUCCAUAUUUCCUAGUACGGUCUGGAUACAUAUCUGGAUAUCUAAAACGUGUCGGAUACACGAUAUGGACCCAGUAUGCCGGACUAACCAAGUUAGCCCUGAGCGUCCUCACCUUCAACUCGGUGCUCGCCAUCUACAACUCCUGGGGCGACGCGAGCUCCGUCUCGUUCGUGCUCGCCGCGGACGCCAUCCUCGUGCUGCUCUUCCUCUGCCUCCGUGCGUUGGAGCAGGAGCGGGCGCGGCAGGGGCAGGGAUAUCAGGACCAGAGCCGCGGUGUGGACGCUGACGACGCUGCUCUCGGCCAUGUUCGCGUCAAGGGUGGCGCCGCUGAUGCCACCGGUCAUCGGCGCGAUUGUCUGGGCGAUGGCCGUCGCCACGGCCGCCGGCGGCUUUUGGGCGUUCUUCCUCAACUGAAUCCUUGA